AUGGCAUCCUCCACCGCCGACUACUUCUCCAACCGCCCGGCCAUCCGCACCCGCCCACCAACUUCUGCCCUCGCUGGAGCCAAUGCUGGACCACCCCACUCCCCGCGAACACCCCUCCUCAACCGCAGCAUCUCCAGCCAAUUCGGAAGCCCAGGAGGCUCGUACCGUGUGGAGCAGGAAGAAAACCUCAUCUACGAGCUGGGUUCGCAACACCUUUCUGCGGGCUUCGCGGGCGAGAGCAGGCCACGAUGCAUUUACCACUUCACUCCAGAUAGUGGAAGGAGUGUCGGCGACUACCGCGCUUGUGGUCCGGAAUGUCGACGCAAGCGACGGAAGCUGCAGAGCGAGGACGACUGGGGCUCGGAGCAUGAGCUGUAUCGCAGCGACUUGCGCGCGGUAGAUCUUGGCCUGGUGGAGGACAAGCUGGAGCGGGCUGUGAGGACAGUGCACAUCGACUAUCUCCAGCUGGACACGAAGCCGAGGAAAGCCGUGCUGGCUUUGCCGUCGUUACUACCGACGCCAUUGGUGGAGAUUGCGUUGAAGGUCCUUUUCAAUCAUCACGCACAGCCGCCUUCGGUUGUGCUGCUGACCACGCCAUUGCUGGCUUGCGUUGGCGCUGGACUGAGAAAUGGUCUGGUGGUUGAGCUUGGCUGGGAGGAGACUGUGGUGACGGCUGUGGGCGAGUACAAGGAAGUUGCGCAGAGACGGAGUGUGAGGGCUGGAAAGAUGCUAACAAGGGAAAUGGCGAAGUUAUUGCAAGAAGAAGUGAAGACUCAGUUACAGCAGGGCGGCAACGCAGAUGAGUCAGACGUGACUUUUGAAUACGCUGAAGAAGUCACACGCCGCAUGGCAUGGUGUAGAGCUGGGAACAACAGCGACCAUACCUCGGGCCUCAUCAAACUCCAUUCUCCCUCACCUGACGAUCUGCGCCACAUUUACACUCCGUUCACCCGCCUCUCCAAACCAGUCGAAGACACGCUCUUGCCCACGGCUUCAACUUCACCAACCGACUUCGACGACCACGACCUCAGUAUCACUCACCUGGUCUACCGCGUCCUGCUCUCCCUCCCGCUCGACCUCCGCGCACUCUGCACCUCUCGCAUCAUCAUCACCGGCGGCCUCUCAGCAAUCCCAGGUCUCAAGCCCCGUUUGCUGCAAGACCUUUCUUCUCUCAUCGAGCAACGCGGCUGGGAUCACGUACACAGCUACGGCAGCGCGACCGCGCACCACGCCAAAAUCCUACAAGAACGCUCCGCAAACAUCACCGCUAUCGCCAACAGACAAACGCCGGAAGUGCAGUUCUCGUCUUCAAAAAUGCCGAUGCAGGAGAGCGUGCCGCAUGUGGAGCGAAUCCACGACGAUGUGCAGGAUCCCGUUACGAGGAAGGUGGAGGGCGAGAUGCGAAAGGGGAAGGCGGAGGUGGUGAAGACGGAGGUGAGGGGUGUGGAGACUUUAGGAGCAUGGGCGGGUGCGAGUUUGGUGGCGGUGCUGAGGGUGAAGGGGGUGCAUGAGGCGGAGAGGGAGGAGUUUUGGAAGCAUGGGUUGAGAGGUGGUGGGGGGAUGUUGUGA